GAUGUGUUUCGGUUACUUCACUGCAUAAUGCGUGCAUCUUGAUGCAUCAGAAAAAAGAUUUUAUUUUGAUCCUUUAUUAUUAUUGUUAUUAUUUUAUUUAUCUUUUAAAUUUAUCGUCAAACUAAUGGAAAUAAAAUAAAAUAAGUGAAUAAUGAAUUGUUUUGUUCGUCAUCCUCAUCAACUGAGUAAUAAUAGACAUUCAAAAUAUUCAAAUGCUACCACUACCACUACUACUACUACUAAUAAUAAUAAUAACGAUAUUGAUAAGGAUGUAUUCUAUCCAUUCGAAAAUAUUUGUCCAGAUGAUUCUGAUUUAUCAUUUAAACAAAAUGGUAAUAUUAGAAAAGCUUCAGGAACUAAUGGACAUCGAAGAUAUAGUCAUCAACAACAACAACAACAGCAACUUCAAAAUCAUCAACUAUUUCCAUCAUCUUCAUCACCACCACAACUAUUACCAUCACCAUCUAACUUAAUACAAAAAAAUGAACAAUCUCAAAAAAAUCAAACAACUCUUUAUAACAUCAAUCAACGUGAUCAAGAAACAAUGAAUAGUAUUGAUUUGCAUAGAUAUUAUUCACGUCGGACACCGAUGAGAGCAUAUUUAAAUCAAUUUAAAAUAUUAUCUCAUUAUUAUCAUAAUGAUAAUAAAAGAUUACAAAAUCGAUUAGUACUACCCAAUCAAACAUGUAAAUUAUCAAGUGAUACGAAACAGCAACAUCAACAGCAACAAGAACAACAACAAUCAUUACGUAAUUAUCGUAGUAAUCGUAGUAAUCGUGUUUUACGAAUAUUACAUGAUAAAAAUCGUAUAAAAUUUUAUGAAGAAAGAGAAUUAAUUAAAAAAUUUAGUGAUGUUGAGCAUAUUGAUGAUGAUGAUGAUGGUGAUGGUGAUGACGAUGGCGGGUAUGAUGAAUCUAAUGAAAAAGAUGAAUACUACUAUUAUUAUCAUCAUCAACAGAAUGAGGCGGAUACUGUUUCUAUUGAAGCUGUUGUUACUAAAGACAAUAAUGAUAAUGGUGAUGAGGAUGUAGACGUUGAUGAUGGUGGAAUUUGUGAUAAGAAUGUUGGACAUGGUGAAAAUUCUGUUUAUGUAAAGCCAGUAAAUGAAUAUAAUUUAAAUGACAUUUCAUACCAGGAGUACAAUAGAAGUGAAGAACACGCGCCUGGUCGUAAUAAUGAGGAAACAGUAAAAUGGUGUAACUGUCAUUUAAUAGAAGAUAAUAAAUGAAUUUCUUUGAAUCCAGAGAAAAUAAAGUGGAAGGAGAACUGUUGAAGCUGUGGAAUUUGACAUGUCAGCAGUUGUUUUUUUUUUAAAUUGUACUUUGGAAUACUUCACCAGCAAAAUACACUUUAAGACUGAAAUGCAACAUCAUUUGAAAAAAGGUAAUGCAACUCUUAAGACACAAAAAUCAAUGAGGUGAUAUGAGUGCGAAACAUCAAACCAUCAAUAGUUAUGCCCUGAUAGGUCAUCUAAAGAGAAAAAUUAGAAGAACAACAACAAAGACUAACAAACACGAACUGCUAUAUUCAUUCAACACAAUCUGAAGAAUAAA